UGCAAAUACAUACAUCAACACUUAGUUAAUUCAAAUUCCAUACACGAACUAACAAAAUACGGUUUUUACAUACAUUGACCAAUUUACCGUUAGUCAGACGUAACGGAAUAUGAACUGUCGCUUAGCUGUCUAUCAUACGUGGCUUUUACGUUUAAAAUAAUAAAUAGUAAAUAAAAAAACCUUUUUUUAAAUUGUCUAAAGGUGAAAUCGAACCCAGGUUAGCACAAUGACUCUUUGAUCACUCAACCACUGGGCCAAGUUUGAUACAUUGAUUUUGUCUCCUCUUAACUUCUAUUUAUACCUUGAUAAAUCAUUUUCUGUUUUUUUUUUUCCUUCCUGUGCAUGUUUUUAUUAUCAAAAAAAAAAAUCUCUCAAAUGUUAGUUCCUAAUUUAAAAAACAAGUGGUUUAGAAAUUAUUCAGUAAAACAUAAAAGAUGAUAUUGUUUGGCAAUAAAAAACAAGCCUUUGAAGUUCUUUUUCUGUCAACUAAAUAUAAUCACAAACCGGCGUGUAAUCAAGAUCGUUUCUUGUCUAUUACAUAAGUUUUUUGGUCUCAGUAUGCUCAUCAAACAAAUAUUAUCACAAACCAGCAAAUGGAGUUCUUUUUUUUGCUUUGAAGCAAGUAAUGAAUCAUGGAAUUGGAAUGACAGACAUUUAAGAGAUUCUGGAAACAUUUGGAUGAAAAGUCAAACUGGGAAAGAAAAAAAAAAAGAAAUAUGUGAAUGACAUAUCUGUAUAAAUAAGAAACAAUUGGGAUUAAAAACAAUGAUUCGGGUCUAGCACAAUGGUUUCUUCUUGUGAUGGAUAUUGCUCACACCCGGGUUCAACUCCCCCCUUAAACCAUAUUUUAUUUCUUUUUAUUAAUUUAUUAAUUAUUUAAAAACGUAAAAAUCCACGUAGGCGGUACAUAACAGACAGCUCAUAUUCUGUUACGUCUGACUAACGGUAAAUUGGUCAAUGUAUGUAAAAACCGUAUUUUGUUAGUUCGUGUAUAGAAUUUGAAUUAACUAAGUGUUGAUGUAUGUAUUUGCACAGCUGAUAUGUUCAUGUACUGAUCGGGACCGUUGGGCUCUGUUGACGUAGGAAUUGGCCGAUUUCCCGGCACUGUUGGCCAACUAAAAGCAUCCCCGAAUGUACUCAAUAAUGACACUCUCUAAUCCUUUUAUUGGGUUAGGAAUUACGAAAUUCUUCAACGUAUUAAUGAUUAUAACUUGCUUACAAAGCCAUAUAACACACACGAGACUGCAAAUAAAACCCCUACCAAAAUCCCCAGUUUUCCAUCAUUUCCACUCUUACAGAUCGUAUACACCCCAUAGGACAAGCGCAUACAUUUUCCAAGGUAGCAAGAAGCAAACCAAAGAAGGAGACAAAAGAGAGAGAGAGAGAGAGAUGAAAGAUCGGAUACAACGAUGUGUAGCAUUGCCAUUUACUCUGGGUUGCUCAACGCAAUCCAGCGUCGCCGUGGCUGAUACUCAUGAUCAACCCAAGAAACCAGACCAGCUCAUCAAGAGAAGAGAAGAAAGUGAUGAAAAUGGAUUGUUUCAAAAAGAAGACUCGAACAUAGACAACAACAACAACGGCAGUGCUAAUAUCUCAGACAAAAUUAUUCGAAGCUUCAAGAGUUUUUCUCACUACUUCAUUCGUUACGAAGAGGAGAGGGAAGAAAGAGAGACGGAGAUGGAGAUAGGGUUUCCAACGGACGUGAAGCACUUGAGCCACAUCGGAGUCGAUGGAAUCAUGACCACUUUUGACGUCUAUUCCACGACCAAUUCCUCAUCUUUCCCAUUCGCUGGUUUCCAUCUCGCUGCCGUCUGAUUUUAAUUUGUGUCUUUAACUAUAAAACAACUUUACAUAUACUAUUUUACAUUUCUGUUAAUAUGCAAUGGUUUCAUAUACGUAAGAGUAGAGACCCUUAUUGGGUUGCAAAGAAAACACCACAAUGUCUGUCCAAUAAUAACUUUCAAAAGA